AUGCUACACGAGAUCCUCCUCUCCCUCUCUGGCCAGCCCUCCCCCCUCUUCGCUAUUGGGAAAGAGACGAGCUCUCAAGAUGAUUUUCCCCUUCUCUCUCCUCCAGAAAAAGCCCUUAUCGGAUCGAUUGCCCACCUAAGUCAACUCCAUGCUCAUCUCCGUGAGCACACGGCUCAAAUAUCCUCCUCCCAUGUUUCCGUAAUCUGCCGCUCGGUAUCCACGACCAUCGUCACCGUUCAUUUGGGUGAAUUUCAGAAGAAAAUCCUGGAAGUGGAAAGGGCGAUUCUUGCCGAGGACAGCUUAUACGUCGGCGGUUACGGAAUUGUCCCUCUAUCGACCAUUGUGGGAGAGUUUGCGCCGUGGACUCGACGUCUAGAAUGGCUACAGGAAGUGGUCCAAUUCAUUCACCCCGACACUGAAGACCCUAGGCGUCGUCAUGGGUGUACGGGCGCAGGACUUAUCGACUAUCUGCGAGCGGAACUCCAAACAGGAUACACGGACAUUAAGGAUAUGGGGGUACAACUGGUGACUGUCGCCGAAACAGCAUGGAUGAAACAGCUCUCCAUGUGGCUAUUGUAUGGGAACCUUCCCAUAUAUGGUAAAAACGACUUUUUCAUCCAAGAAGCCUUUGACAGCGAGGAGGACGACAUCCAAUUUAGCAUGUAUACAGAUUUACUCCCGAAAUUCGUUGCGGAACAGACGGCAGGGUCCAUCCUGUUUAUUGGAAAGUCACUGAACCACGUCCGUUCCAAGCGCAAGACAUCUGUUGGAAUCUCGACUGCACCGGUCACCCUGUAUCAGGAGCAUAUUGAGCACCUAGCGGGGCUCAAAUCACCCAUAUCAUCAUCGAAGCUGACCACGGCUGUUGAUUGGAUCCGUCUUUCACUAUCCCAGUCCACCUUGUCAAGAUUGCUUCCGCUCCCCAAAAUUUUGGAAAUGCUUACUUUACUGCACGAUUUUCUGCUAUUAGGGCGGGGUGAAUUUGCUGUAGCCCUGGUAGCGCAUGCAGAUAAUCGCAUCGACGAAACUCGACGACGGGGGGCCGGAGCUCGAGGUCCCAUGCUUGAUGGCCUUAUGAUGAAAGAAGGAGAUGUGAUGACAUCUUUAGCACAUGCCUGGGUUGAGCUCUUCUCAUUGCAAAAAGAGGAAGACCCAGCCGACGAGGAAUUAGAGUUGGCUCGCGAGCUGCUUCGGCUAUCCAUCAGCGACCGAAAAAAUACACGUGCGAUGACCCCAUCACAUGUUUCGAACACAAUGUCCAAAAUCUCGACGGUCUCUUUUGAGGAUUUGUUGUUCCCGACACCGACAUGUCUGACCGCGCAAGUUCGCGCCCCUCUUGAUCUAUUCCUUUCCAGCUCUGAUAUCGCAAUCUACUCGAAGAUACACUCCUAUUUACUAGGCAUUCGAAGAGCACAAAUACGACUUGGGGAUUUAUGGAAGCGGACUUCCUUGCGAAGAAAUCACCCAACCCCGUGGGGUCCCCCACGUAGUAAUAAACCGUACGGCCAGCAGCGGCUCCAGGCGAGCCGCGAGAGGGACAAAGCUCGCACCAGACGGAUGCGGUCCAUUUGGGCUACUGCCAGUGCCUGUCUGUUUGUUCUCUCGGAGAUGGGCAGUUUUUUCCAAGGAGAAGUUGUCCACGAGUCCUGGCAGCAUCUCCGUGAGUGGAUUCAGGGACGCCCAUCCACCAGCACCUCAGUUUCUGGAUCUCGACCGGGAACGGCUUCCUCCGCAAAGACUCGGCCAUCCCGAGUGGCUUCACCUGAUCGCACGUCCAGCCGGCCGACAUCCCAAGAUGGGCCGACUCUCGGGCGAACCGACCCUGAAGCAUUGACUAUGGCCCACCGCCGCCAUCUGUCCAUGAUCAUCCAGUCUUUAUUCCUGACUGAUGUCCCCUUCACCAGUGCCCUACGGGCGUUGCUCACCAGCGUCGACCGAUUUGUGGCUCUUGUGAUCCGCCUUGAGACCAUCCAGCGAAAUAUGGAUCUAGAGACCGACGAGGGCGUAGUGGAUGCCCUGGUUGACUAUGCUCAUGAAGAGGGUAAAGUAUGGCACACGUUACGAACAACCCGCGGCGAUGUGGAGACCGGCAUCAAAAGGCUCGUUGCAAGCCUCCGUGAUAUCGACGAUCAUCGGUCUGGUGAGGGGCUCAGUUUCACCGCGAACCCAACAACCCGGGCGGAUCUAGGCCCAGGCCCGGUGGGUCAUUAUGUGCCACGCCAACCAGCUGGUGUUGACCGACUCCUGAUGAAGCUGGACUUUGGGAGUCUACGCAGUGACGGCGCACAGGCUAUUGCACCUGGAAUGACGGGUCUGGAGUAG